AUGGGAAACGACGACGAUCCGUCCUCCAUUUUACCUGCAUGUUCUGGGAUGAACAAUCAAUCGACGACCUCCUCGUCGAGCUCCAAUCAAUCGCAUUACAUUCAUAAGAGUAAACACCAUGAUCGCUAUCUCCUGAACGAAUUGGCGGCUCUUCGCUUGGAUGAGCAAUUGUGUGACGUCGUGCUUCUAGCUGGACACACCCGUAUCCCAGCUCAUCGUGUCGUCCUCUCCGCGUGCUCUCUGUACUUCCGAGCGAUGUUUAUGUCGGAUCUAAAAGAGAGCCGACUAUCCGAAAUCCGAAUGGUCGAUAUCGAGGGGAGAACUCUGCAACAGCUCAUCAAUUUCUGUUAUUCGGGAGAAAUCAAAAUCACCGAGACUUCAGUGCAAUCGCUUCUUCCAGCCGCUUGUCUAUUGCAAAUGAGUGAAAUCCAGGACGCUUGCUGUGAGUUCCUCGAGAAGAAUCUGGAUCCAACGAAUUGUUUGGGAAUUCGUGCAUUUGCUGACACACAUUCAUGCAGAGAACUCGUUCGAAUGGCUGAUUUAUAUACUCAGAAGAAUUUCCAGGAAGUGACAGCAUCAGAUGAAUUCCUUCAACUCCUGCUUGAUCAAUUACUCUCAUUGAUCUCAAGUGAUGAAUUAAAUGUCGGAUCGGAGGAACAGGUCUACGAGGCGGCAAUACGCUGGAUUCGCUACGAUUUACCCAAUCGACGACAAAACUUGAGCAAAGUUCGUUUAUUUGAGGAAAUCAAAUAUACAACA